GUUUACCCAACAACUUCUGAUAAUCUUGGCUCCUCCCGAGCACUCUACAUAACUUUCGCUAACAACAACUUCACCGGUCCCAUUCCGGCGAGUAUCGGGAAAGCUCCGUUUUUACUCGAGAUUCUGUUAUUGAACAACCAGCUCAGUGGUUGCUUACCAUACGAGAUCGGCUUCUUGAUGAACCUCACCGUCUUCGACGCCGGCGACAAUAUCUUGACCGGCACGAUACCGUACUCGUUUGCAUGCUUGCAGAAAAUCGAGUUCCUCAACUUGGCCAACAACAUGUUUUACGGGGAGGUGCCGGAGAGCGUCUGCAUGUUACCGAAUCUGAGAAACUUGUCUCUUUCCGGCAACUUUUUCACUCAGAUCGGACCGGAGUGCCGGAAGUUGAUGUACCAGAAGAGACUUGACGUGAGGAGGAACUGCAUUAUCGAUCAAGCUGAUCAGAGAUCGAAAGCUGAGUGUGCUGCGUUCUACUCAAGACGCUAUAUCUGCCAGAAAGCGAAAUAUAUGAAACUGAUUCCAUGCAAGAACGCAGAUUAUCAUUCGAACUCAUCAAUGGCGGAAAUGAAUAAGAAGGUGAAGAAAGCAAAUCCUCCAUCUCCGGUUUCCUACGGUGCUCUUUCGCCGAACCGGUUGUGAGUUCUCGGUUUCUCGUUUGCAUGGGGUCAUCGCAUUGAUUGGGGAUGCCAGAGUACUGUUAAUUAAUAAUUAAAUGUGUGCAGUUGCAGGAAUUUAUUGCGAGCAAGGAACAAUGAAUAUAUAUAUAUAUAUACAUAUUUCUUUUGAAA